AUAUUAUUGUUUAGUAUAUAAUAAUAUCAUAACAUUURUUGAUUGACAAUGACUUCAAUGGCCAGCGAUAUGAAYCGCAAACGGAAGAACCCGUCGCCGAACAAASCAAACGAAGACAAAAGAAGUCGAUUGUCGGCGCCGUUGGACAGCCUUUGGGUCGACAAAUACCGGCCCGAGUCGACCAAACUGGUGAUUGGCCAACAGGGCGACAAAAGUUGUGUCAACAAACUGAUCAAAUGGUUGUCCAAUUGGCAAAACAAUUUGGAUAAGAAGCCGGCCUUCAACAGCAGGUUUGGCUCGGAUGAUGGCCAAGGAUUUCGUGCGGCACUGCUUAGCGGUCCGCCCGGUGUCGGCAAGACUACGUCGGCUCAGUUGRUCUGCAAAGAGCUUGGCUACGACUUUGUCGAAUUGAAUGCAUCCGAUUCGCGAAGUAAGCGUACGCUCGACGUAGUGGUCAAAGAGUUGUUGCAAAAYACAACACUCACUAAUUUYUUCACCAAAUCGGCGACCAAACACACGGUUACYGCCAAACAUGUGGUCAUUAUGGACGAAGUUGACGGUAUGGCCGGCAAUGAGGACAGAGGAGGCGUUGCUGAACUGAUCCAAUUGAUUAAAUCGACUAAAGUGCCCAUCAUUUGUAUUUGCAACGAUAGAUCACAUCCGAAGAUGCGAUCACUUGUCAGCUAUUGUUUUGAUUUACGAUUUUCUAAGCCACGCAUCGAACAGAUCAAAGGGCCGAUGAUGUCCAUCGCCUAUAAGGAAGGCAUACAGAUUGCGCCAAACGUUUUGCAUGAACUCAUUGUCAGCUCCAACCAAGACAUUCGUCAAGUAUUGCACAACUUGUCGCUGUUGGGCACCGGAACCAAACGUAUUCAAAAUCUAAUGUCCGAAAAGUCUGUUAAAGAUGUUAAACUGGGACCUUUUGAAGCCGUACGCAAAGUGUUUACCGCCGGCGAUGAUUAUAGACAAAUGAGUUUUGCUGAUAAAUCGGAUCUAUUUUUCUGUGACUAUUCGCUGAUGCCUUUGUUUAACUUUGAGAACUACUGUCUCGUGAAUCCAACGAAUGCAAAAACUGAUAGUCAAAAACUAAAAAUGGCGUCAAAAACGAUAGAAGCUCUGGCUUUUGGCGAUAUUAUUGAGAAACAGAUUCGCGGUUCAAAUAACUGGAGUCUGUUGCCACUGCAGGCAGCCUUUGCCAGUGUUAUGCCCGGCGCUUACAUGAACGGCCAUAUGGGCGGCCAAAUAAACUUUCCGAGUUUUAUGGGCAAACUGUCGACAACUAACAAACGAAAUCGUUUGCUCCAAGAGUUGAAAAUGCAUAUGAAUUUGAAGAUUAGCGGCAGUAAGACUGCACUGAAUCUCGAUUAUUUGGAACCGUUAAGAGAUUCAAUUAUCGAACCGUUGGUAACUAAUGGCACCGGAGGAGUACCGAACAGUAUUGAAAAGUUGGAAACCUAUUGUUUGAGACGCGAAGACAUUGAAUCGAUGAUUGAGUUAACCCUUUGGAACAAUCAAAAGGAUCCCAUGAGUCGAGUGGAUAGUAAAGUGAAGGCAGCGCUCACUCGUGCCUACAAUAAGGAGGGCUUUUGUUUGCCAUACUCUUUGGGAACGACAACAAAAGGAAAGAAAGGUAAAUCAGCUGUUGAUUUGAAUAAUGAAAUGGAAGGUAAUGAAGAUGAUGGCACUGCUGAUGAUGGCGAUGAAGAUGAUGAUAAUGAUGAUGUCGCUGCCGAUGCCAUGAUUAAGGCAAAGAAGACGAAGAAAGCGACGGGAAAAGAGACUAAAACAAAACCAAAUAAAACAAAGAAAUCGGAGACCAAUGAUAAAGAAGGGAAAAGAAAACAGAAAAAUGAGUCCAUAAGUAAAGAUAAGAAAAAUGAAGUGAAAGUUGAAUCGCCAGUUAAAACACCGAUAAAGUCUCGGAUAAAAUCACCUAAAAAACCAUUGAAAAAGUCAUCGCCUAUAAAGUCAUCAAAACAAUCGCCGAAAAAGAUAASCCGAGAGUCGCCUAAAAAGACAGUUAUAAAAUCACCGGAAAAGGUAACAAAAGAAACAAAUAAAAAGAAAUCAAAAGAGACGACAAAAGAAAUGACAAAAGAAACAAAUAAAAAGACAUUGAAAGAGACGACAAUAGAGACAAAUAAAAAGGCAUCGAAAGAGACGACAAAAGAGACAAAUAAAAAGGCAUCGAAAGAGACGACAAAAGAGACAAAUAAAAAGGCAUCGAACGGAUACAAGAAGUCACCGCAAAAGAGUCCAACAAAAACAAGUGAACAAUUAAAUGGAAAGAAGAAUAAAACUAAAGCCGAACCAAAGUCUGAGWCUAAAAGUGAUAGUAAACAGAAGAAAACUCCCGAAAACAAGUCAACAACAACGGCAUCAAAGGGAAGACAGUUAACAUUAAAUGCUUUUUUCUCCAGAAAAUAA